CCUUUCGUCCUUGCUCUGCCCCUCACACGUCCCAAUCACCUCACCUCUCACAUUUGCCCCGCUCGCCCAGCCACGCAUCCUGUGACGUUCUUGUAAUGUCGUAACGUUCAGGCGCUGGACCUGGUUAAGGACGUGUAUCCACCCACCUCGCGCUAGGGCAGGCGCACUUGGGCGUCCGCCUGCCCCAGCGCGAGCAUGCGGUGUGGCGGCCUGCUACUGCCGCCUGCUGCUGAAGGAACACAUGAAGACGCGCGCACCGGCGUUUCCGCGCAAGCACCGUGCAGAGCCGUGCAGCUCGCCAGCGGUGCUGCUGCCUCCGCGGCUGGUGCUGGUGCUGAUGCUGGUGCUUGACGUGGAAGGGAGGGCACGCGGGACCUACUGCUGCCAGCAGCGCCAGCAGCAGCAGCAGCGCCAGCAGCAUCGUCCGUCCGUGGAUAGAUGUCUGUUGCCAUGAGCGUGUGUAGUAAGCUGGCGGUGUGGCUCAGGGUGUGGGUGUAAACAGCUGCUGCCUGGUGGGCGGGCCAUUGGUGUGGCGGGUAGGGGGUGGGGGUGGGUGGGGGAUUGUGAGUGCAUGUUCAGAUAGUCCCCAUUCGCUCAUGCAGCAGCAGGCGGUGUGCGUCACAGACAGGCACGCACAUGGACAUUCACUUCAUGGGCCGCAGUUACUCGAAGCUCUGCUUGUGCCUGCCCGCUGGAGAACGCUCGGCGUGUUGCCGUUGCGCCUGACGUGGGGCUGCUGAAUUAUACGAGUGCUGGUUUGGGUGCUGGCUUGGUGCGCGUGACUGGCAAGAUUUAGUGCGUAUCUAUGUUGUGACAGACUAAAUACUGGGAAGGCGUAGUCGCGUAGGAUGUCGGCGACGGGCGCGUGGUGGCAAGAAGUACUAGAAUGGCCACCCGGGGGGGGGGUUGUAGAUACCAGCCCCAGCUAACCAAACCCAAUGCAAUAGAGCGAGGAGGGGAGCGUAGCCUAUGCUUGACAACGGAGUGGCACGCGACAAUAGUCCCCAUCCCCGGGGGGGGGAGGAGUUUAUAUAGGCGGUGGCACAGGAGCAGUUGCGCUAUGGAAGGGGCUGUGGGCACGGGCUGUGGGGUACUGUCUCAGCAUGGUGCUUACUGGCUUGGGCUCGGCGCGCCCCAAAGCAGCAGCUGCCAGGGUGGAGCCAGUGGGUGUUUGGACGCGACUUCAGUCACCCUCCUCGGCCCUCAGCAGCCUGCCGCUAGGGCCGGCUGUACUGGGCACCAUAUAGAACUAAGGUCAUGAAGUGAACUUCUCGUCAGUCAGCACACAUGCUGUUGUAACAAUCCACGCGGCUGAGUCGAUGCCUUUGCAUGCGCAUCAGCAGAGAGCUGGAUAGCUGAGCUACAGG